CUGGGGCUGAGCUGAGCUCGCGCUCCCUCUCGCGAGGCCUGCCGGGAAAGGAAAAAAAACUCCCUACGCUGGCCGCCGCUUUGGUUUAAUGUCCGCCAUGUUUGCCAUGGCGCAGGGAGCGGAGCGGGAGAGCCGGGAGCGGGUCUAGGGCUGUUCGGCGGGGCGCGGGCCCUCCAUGGUGUGCGGGGCCGAGGCCGGGAGCGGCGGAGGCGGCUGAGGAGGCGGCGGAGGCGCCGCAGCGAGGUCCCCCGUCCUCUCCGUCCUCUCGCCGCCGCCGCCGCCGCCGCCAUGAGCAAGCUCUCCUUCCGCGCGCGGGCGCUGGACGCCGCCAAGCCUCUCCCCAUCUACCGCGGGAAGGACAUGCCCGACCUCAACGACUGCGUCUCCAUCAACCGCGCCGUGCCCCAGAUGCCGACCGGCAUGGAGAAGGAGGAGGAAUCGGAACAUCAUUUGCAACGAGCUAUCUCAGCACAGCAAGUCUUCAGAGAAAAGAAAGAGAACAUGGUUAUUCCAGUUCCUGAAGCAGAAAGCAAUGUCAACUAUUACGGUCGUCUAUACAAAGGAGAGUUUAAACAGCCAAAACAGUUUAUUCAUAUUCAGCCCUUCAAUCUGGACAAUGAACAACCUGAUUAUGAUAUGGACUCAGAAGAUGAGACAUUAUUAAAUAGGCUCAAUCGGAAGAUGGAAAUCAAACCACUGCAGUUUGAAAUUAUGAUAGACAGGCUUGAGAAAGCUAGUUCUAAUCAGCUGGUAACACUUCAGGAAGCUAAAUUGCUGCUCAAUGAGGAUGAUUAUCUUAUUAAGGCUGUCUAUGACUACUGGGUAAGAAAACGGAAAAACUGCAGAGGACCUUCUCUCAUCCCCCAAAUCAAACAGGAAAAAAGAGAUGGCUCCACCAACAAUGAUCCAUAUGUGGCUUUUCGGAGGCGAACAGAGAAAAUGCAGACAAGAAAGAAUCGGAAAAAUGAUGAAGCCUCUUAUGAGAAAAUGCUGAAACUAAGAAGAGAGUUCAGUAGAGCCAUAACUAUUUUGGAGAUGAUUAAGAGACGAGAGAAAACAAAACGAGAAUUGCUACAUUUGACAUUGGAAGUUGUGGAAAAAAGAUAUCAUUUGGGUGACUAUGGAGGUGAAAUCCUUAAUGAAGUCAAGCUGAAUACAACAGAGAAGGAGGUGAACACCACUCCAGCAACUCUUCAUAAUGGAAACCACCACAAAGUUCAAGAAUGUAAAGUUAAGCAUGCUCACCAUUCAUCUACAAAAGAGGAAGGAACUGAUGUUGUCCGUCAGAAGAAGAAGUAUCCAAAGAAGCCAAAAACAGAAAGUGUAAUAAGUCCUCAGCAGCCCACUACUGAGCCUUUGCCUGCAAUCAGUAAAACUGAUAUCAAACAAUAUGACUUCCACAGUUCAGAUGAAGAUGAAUUUCCACAGGUACCCUCACCAGUGUCAGAACCAGAAGAAGAAAAUGAUCCUGAUGGAGCAUGUGCAUUUAGAAGAAGAGCAGGAUGCCAGUAUUAUGCUGCUCGUUUGGACCAAACUAAUAAUUCUCAUGAGAAUUCAGAACUGGCAGAAUUGGAUAAGCUAAGGUAUAGGCAUUGCCUUACAACACUUACUGUUCCAAGAAGAUGUAUAGGGUUUGCAAGAAGACGAGUUGGCAGGGGUGGAAGGGUGUUGAUGGACCGCAUAGCCACAGAACACGAUCCUGUCCUGAAGCAGAUUGACCCAGAUAUGCUAAGCAGUUGUUCAAGCUCUUCCCAAAACGUAGACUUUUCUUCUAAUUUUUCACGGACCAAUGCUUCCAGUAAACCUUGUGAAAACAGACUUUCCCUUUCUGAAAUACUAAGCAAUAUCAGAUCAUGCCGACUUCAGUGUUUCCAACCAAGGCUACUAAACGUACAGGACAGUGAUAGUGAAGAAUGUACCUCAAGGAAACCAGGGCAGGCUGUGAAUAAUAAAAGAGUUUCUGCAUCAUCUGUAGCUUUAUUGAACACCAGCAAGAAUGGCAUAUCAGUAACAGGGGGUAUCACAGAAGAACAGUUUCAAACACAUCAACAGCAGUUAGUGCAAAUGCAAAGACAGCAACUUGCUCAGUUCCAACAGAAACAGCAGUCUCAGCAUUCUUCCCAACAGACGCAUCCAAAAGCACAGGGCUCAAGCACCUCUGACUGUAUGUCGAAAACGCUUGACUCGGCCAGCGCCCAUUUUGCUGCAUCUGCAGUGGUGAGUGCACCUGCUCCCAGUCGAAGUGAGGUGACGAAGGAACAGAGCACAAGCCACAAUAUCAAUGGUGUUGUUCAGCCUACAGCAACAUCAAAAACUUUGUACUCCACAAAUAUGGCUCUAUCAUCUAGCCCAGGGAUCUCAGCUGUACAGCUUGUAAGGACAGUUGGCCACACCACCACAAACCACUUAAUCCCAGCAUUGUGCACAAACAGUCCUCAGACGCUUCCUAUGAACAAUUCUUGUCUCACCAAUGCAGUGCACCUCAACAAUGUCAGUGUUGUUUCUCCAGUCAAUGUACAUAUCAAUACAAGGACUUCAGCACCAUCGCCAACCGCCUUAAAACUUGCCACAGUUGCUGCCAGUAUGGACAGAGUGCCAAAGGUGACUCCUAGCAGCGCAAUCAGCAGCAUAGCAAGAGAGAACCAUGAACCAGAAAGAUUGGGUUUGAACGGAAUAGCAGAGACAACAGUAGCAAUGGAGGUGACAUAACCUAAAUGCAGUGGCUCAACCUGUGCUGAUGGUGUAGUCAUUUAUAUUCCAGCUGAAUGCAAAACAACACUCUGUGGAUCACAGGGAAUUAAAAUGGACCUAAAUGGACUAUCAUAUCGUAUAUUAAGUCGAUAUAUAAUGUACAUUUUGUAAAAUUGGGAAAAUCACUACCUUGUAAAAUAGUUUAUUUGUAUCAUCAAUAUUAUUUCUGUUACUUGAAUAGUAGAUAUUCAUCAUCAUGCUUUUGCACUUGAAUUCGCAACUGAAUGGAUUUAAAAAUAAUUCUUUAAUGGGAUCAUGAGCAUGAAAUGGGAUCCUGCAUCACUUGUUUUAAUUAUUUAUUUUGCCAUGUUUACAUUUUGUAUCUUGUAAAAAUAAAUCCAACUUUGUGUCUAAAAAAGUUAAAGAUUCAUAGCUAGGAAAAAUUCUUGUAAUUUUUUUCUAAAGGAAAUGUAAAGUUUUCACUUGGUUCAUUUUGUUUCACAAUUUUAGAUGGACUUUUUGGUAAAUACUUUAGUGGCAUUUCACUGUCAAAUAUGAAGUUCAAGGCAAAAUAGUAUUUUCUAUUACUGUGCAGGGGAAAGGGAUGGAUCGAUACAUGCAAAUUUAAUGUAGUAACCCACUUUUCCAUAUAUUUUGAAUGUAUAUUUCUAUUUAUAAUACCAGUUUAUAAAAAAUAAUUACACAGAAAACCUGACUAGUAAAAUUAUGCAUCUAGCACAUAUUAAACUGUGCAGAUAUGAAGAAAAUUUUCAACUGAUUAUAUUUUAUCUGAAGUCUGCAUAAUUUAACCGGCUUUUAACCGUAACACACCACAUAAAUGAUAUUUUACCAGGUAUGUAUUGCAUUAUAUAUCAUUGCAAUAAUUAUUGGAUGUCUAGAUAUCGAGCCAUCCCAGGUGAUGGGGGUGGGGGGAGGGUUGUGGCAGAUUGUCUUUCAAUUUUGGAGAGUUUUCCUGUGGCUACAAGGCAAGUAACGGGUUGGAAAAAGUCUGACUGUAAGCGUUGGACACUUUCGUAGUGUAGUGUUUUAGUGACUUUUUUUAUACGGUUCUUGUAAAUUAGAUACGUGUAGUGGUGUUUCAGAAUGUUUGUUUAUGCACUAGUUCAGACAACUUUCCCUGUUACUUGUUCUUGAUAAGUGAAAACUGCAGGGAAAUAAAAAUACAUAUCAAAA